CGUUCUGAAAUCACUUCAGUUUGAACAGUCCUGUGGGUAGGAGGUUCAAAACGGUCAUAACCAAGUGUACAAGAUGAAGGUCAUUGUUCUGGUACUCAGUGCUGUGUCUGUGGUGUGCGGUGGCCACGCCGGUUACCCUUCGAGCUAUAGCAGUUCGGCAGGACCUCAGCUACACCCCCAGGAGUGGCAGGGAGAAUCCUCCCUAUAUUCCGAGGGUGGAUGGGCCUCAGCUCAAAAGGUGGCAUACCCCCAACAUGUCCCAGUGAUCCACAACGGAGUCCCAGUCGAAACCCCCGAAGUACAAGCCGCCAAAGCUCACUUUUAUCAGGAAUACGCAAGGGCUGCAGCUCUGGCUGCCCAGAAACCUGACCCCUUGAAUGGCCAGUACGCCGGAGAUCAUGGGCAUGAGAAAUACCUGCCUGUUAACCAAGGUUGGACAGCUGAGAAGAGGGUUUCCUACGAACAGCCCAACCAAAUCUGGCAGAACGGACAAGAAUACACGAAUGCAGCAUAUGACAACAACGCAUACAACCACAAUGCUUAUCAAAACCAAGCCUAUGACAACUCUGCCUAUGACAACUCUGCCUAUGACCACUCUGCUUAUGACAAUUCGGCCUACGACCACAGUGCUUAUGUCCCAGUAGACACCCCUGAAGUACAAAAGGCUAAAAUAUCUCACUUCAAGGCUUUUGCGGCAGCCCUGGCUCGUGCUUCAGCCCCAAGGAAACAACAACAGCAACAUCGUUACAGAAGAUCAGCCAGCGAAUGGGCUGAACCAAAAUACCAAGGUCCAAUCCACGUCCCACACAUCACCAAAGAAGGCGUACCCGCUGAUACCCCCGAGGUCCAGAAAGCCAAAUAUCUCCACGAACAAGCCCUCCAUCAAGCUGCUGCCCUUGCCCACGCCUCAGGCAACGGCGAAGAAGACCACAGCGCAUGGAAGGAAGAGCAGGGACACCAAGUCUACGGACCACCACAAUCCGCCGGAUGGCCAUCAGCUCCAGUCCACACAUCUUACAAAGUAAACCACGAGCACAUCCAGAAAUGGCACGGACCUGAGCACAUGCCAGUUUUAGACCACAGCGGCGUGCCAAUCGACACACCCGAGGUACAGCACGCAAGGAAGGCCCACUUAGCUGCUUUGGCCGCCGAAUCCGAGAAGCACAAGGGUUGGCAACCUGAGCAACAAUGGCAGGAAGAGCAGAAAUGGUGAAUUUUUACUCCCAUGCCAUAAUGUGAUGUAUUCCUAGUCAACAAUCGGUUUCACGUGAUUCAGGCACCCUUCCAAGGCGAAUUUCUUUCAGUCCGUCAAGAUGAAUGGACAGUUCUCGACAAGGAAGGUGCCGAAGCUUUUUUUCUACAACUUCUUACACUCCUUGCUCUCAGCAUAAUGCCCUUCAUUGAAUUUUGUACGCUAGAUUUAUAUGGAUCAAAAUAUAAAUGACGAAAAAAUAUA